AUGGGGCGACGCCAAGAUGUCGAGCUCAAGAGGGAGGAGGUCAGGGCUUUGAAAAUACACGCACGUGUAAAGCCAGUGAACUUAUCGAAGACGCUAUUUGAGCUCGUGGAAUACUGUACGCAACGUGAACGCAACGACCCGCUUAUAUUCCCUCCUAAAGAUAAUCCGUUCCGCGAAAAGAAGAUCGCUUGCUCUGUUCUUUGA